AUGUCGCAAACCGGGUGGUGUGGAAGAAAAACAACAUUGGCCUCUCUUUCCACAACGUUAUUUCAACAAAUUCCGUAUGAAAUUUGGAGUGAUCAAAUAUUUCAAUUCAUGGGAGGAAAGUGGUUGUUUGGUAUCGGAAGACUUGUCUGUCGUGAAUGGAACGAUAUCAUUAUUCAUGAUUUGCUCUUUAUUAAAUUACAUAUCACUUUAAACCAUUAUAUGUAUGAGGAUGAAUCAAAACGUGUGCUUCAAGCAUGUAUUACUUCAUUGGUAAAAACUUGUUUACGUAAGAGCUUUGUCGGAGUGAAAGAUUUGACAUUCAGUGGAUUGUAUUACUUGCCCUACUAUGAAACCAAUCAAUCUAGAAAUUAUUUUGAAAUUAAUGGUGAUCAAAAACGAUUCAAAAUGAUUCCAGUUGAGGUAGUAGAGAAUGGAACAUUUACCAAAAUUGACCCAAUGAAUUUUAAUCCUUUUGAAUACUUUCCACAACUGACUUUAUUGAACAUUAGAGAAAACUUUUUAGAUUGGAAUGCUUGUAAACAUUUGGCAAAUUGUGAAAGAUUACAGAAUCUAACUUGCUUAAAUAUUAGUAACAACAAUAUUUCAGAUGAAGGCCUUUCCCAGUUGAGUGCAGGUACAACGUUAACAAAACUUGUCGCAUUAGACUUGAGUGGAAACAGUAUUAGUUCAUUAUCAAUUGAAAAAUUUCGUUGCAGUUCAAUAUUUUCACAACUCACAGAAUUAGAUGUCAGUUUUAACAACUUGAAAGAUCAAGGCGUGAAUCUAUUACUGUGCCAUAACAAUUCUAAUAAUUGGCCAAAUCUCACCAAACUCGUGAUGUGUCGAAUCAGCAUGACCUGUGAAGGAGCACGAGCCAUUGCAAAUUCUCCUGUAUUGAAACAAAUCAAAUACUUGAGCUUGAGUUUCAAUUCGAUCCAAGAUGAAGGAUUGCAAGCACUUUCAAACAGCAACCAUUUCGCAUCACCUUCGUUAUUGACCCAUCUUGAUUUGGUUGGAAAUGGAAUUACCAACAGUGAAUUAUUUAAUAGUCAGAAUUUUUCAAACCUUACCGAGUUGACAUUAUUGGCUAAUAGCAUUACUAAUCACAAAGCAAGCCAUAUAUCAGAGUAUCUUCAAAAAUUAAAAUCAUUUAGAUAUUGA